GGCGAGGGGGAGGCGGCCGCACCAGCCCAGGCAGCCGCGAGCGGCGCGGCCCGGGACCGGCCGGGGGUCGCCAGUGAGGAGCCGCCGGCUCCAUUCAUUCGCGCGGCUCCGCCUCCUUCCCUGGGCCCCGGCGGCUCUCGGGGAGCGUCCGAAAGGAUGGCAUUCCCUGUGGAUAUGCUGGAUAAUUGCAGUCAUGAGGACCUGGAAAACUCUGCUGAAGAUUACAUGGCAGAUUUAAGGUGUGGGGACCCUGACAAUCCAGAGUGUUUUUCUCUUCUCAAUAUUACGAUUCCUAUUAGCCUAUCAAAUGUAGGCUUUGUACCUCUUUAUGGUGGAGAUCAGACCCAGAAAAUUCUUGCUCUUUUUGCUCCUGAGGAUUCACUGACAGCUGUGGCACUUUACCUUGCUGAUCAGUGGUGGGCUAUUGAUGAUAUUGUGAAAACAUCUGUCCCUUCUAGAGAGGGGCUUAAGCAGGUGAGCACUCUUGGGGAGAGAGUGGUUCUUUAUGUUCUGAAUCGAAUUAUUUAUAGAAAACAGGAAAUGGAGAGAAAUGAGAUCCCAUUCCUGUGUCAUAGCAGUACUGAUUAUGCUAAGAUUCUGUGGAAGAAAGGAGAGGCCAUUGGGUUUUAUUCAGUUAAGCCUACAGGAAGCAUAUGUGCCUCAUUUCUUACCCAAAGUUACCAACUGCCAGUUCUUGAUACAAUGUUUCUAAGAAAGAAAUAUCGAGGUAAAGAUUUUGGGCUUCAUAUGCUGGAAGACUUUGUUGACUCCUUUACAGAAGAUGCGCUGGGCUUGCGGUAUCCACUGUCUUCUCUCAUGUAUACAGCUUGCAAGCAGUACUUUGAAAAGUAUCCAGGAGACCAUGAACUCCUUUGGGAGGUUGAAGGUGUUGGACACUGGUACCAGCGAAUACCGGUCACCAGAGCGCUACAGAGAGAAACACUUAAAAUUCCAGCAGUUUCUCAAAUUGAACCUAAAAGACCUAUGUCUGGAGAAUAUGGUCCCACACCUGUUCCAGAAUAUGAAGCAGGAGCUGAAGACAAUCAGUCUAGUGAGAUUCCUCUAACUAUUGAUUCUCUAAAAGAUGCCUUUGCAAGUACUUCUGAAGGUCAUGAUAAAACGCCUGUUUCUACUCGUACUCGCAGUAGUCAUCUAAAGCGGCCAAAGAUUGGAAAACGGUUUCAGGAUUCUGAAUUUAGUAGUUCUCAAGGUGAAGAUGAAAAGACUCCCCAGACUUCAUGUACAGCUUCAAUCAACAAACUGGAGUCUACUGCACGCACAUCAGAGAGCUCAGAAGAAUUCUUGGAAGAAGAACGCGAACAGAGAGUGAUUGAAUUUGAAGAUGAAAGCGGUGAUAAAGAUGCACAGCCAGCACCAGAAACCCACCCACACUUAGAGAAGCAAGAUGGUAAAAAGGAAUCUGAAUUAGAGCCUAUGAAUGGUGAGAUAAUGGAUGAUACUCUUAAGACCUCACUUAUAACUGAAGAGGAGGACUCCACUAGUGAAGUUUUAGAUGAAGAAUUAAAACUGCAAUCUUUUAAUUCCAAUGAAGACUCUACAAAUCUUGUUCCACUGGUGGUAGAAUCUUCAAAACCCCCCGAGGCUGAUGCACCAGAAAAGACCCCACGUAUAACUGACUCAGAAACGUUGAUAGACGAAGGCCCAUCUGAUGAAAAGGGGCACACCGAAGAGAAACUGUCCCUGUUUUCAAGAAAGAAAGCACAUCUUGGGAGUUCAGACAAUGUUGCUACUAUCUCAAAUGAAGAACGAUCUGACACUGGUUUUCCAAACUCUGUGAUAGCUGAAUUUUCUGAAGAACCGGUCUCUGAGAAUUUAUCACCCAACACUACUUCUUCAUUGGAAGACCAGGGGGAGGAGGGGGUACCUGAGCCCCAGGAAAGAUCUACUCCUCUUCCUCAGAGUUCCUUGAUAGAGGUUGAACUUGAAGAUGUGCCAUUUUCACAGAAUGCAGGACAGAAGAACCAGUCAGAGGAGCAGUCUGAAGCAUCUUCUGAGCAACUGGAUCAGUUUACCCAAUCAGCAGAAAAAGUUGUGGAUAGCAGCUCGGAGGAAAUAGAAGUGGAAGUGCCUGUGGUAGACAGGCGAAAUUUAAGAAGAAAGGCCAAAGGGCAUAAAGGACCUGCUAAGAAGAAAGCCAAGCUGACCUGAAUGAAGAAAUGCAGAUUAUAAAUCCUCUACUUUGUAACAUAAUUGUUAUUUUUAAAAUAUGGUAAUUAAUAAACAGCAUGGGACACAGGA